UUAAAAAUAUACUUAUACUUUAGAUAAAUAAAAGUAAAUUAAAUAAUAAAAUUCAAAAUGGACGAAGACGCCAGGACUAUUUGGUGCGGAAAUUUGAGUGCUAAAUGUACUGAUGAAAUUCUGUAUGAAUUAUUUCUGCAGGCCGGGCCAUUGGAGAAAGUAAACAUUCCAAAAGAUCGUGACGGUACACAAAAAUCAUUUGGUUUCGUAACAUUCAAACACGCGGUAUCGGUUCCCUACGCGCUGAGUUUAUUUGAGGGCACGUCGAUUUUCAACCGCAUGUUGAUGUUGAAAAACCGUCAGACGAACGACGGAAAAGGAGCUUUAAAUAAAAUGGACAAUGGGAAUGUCCUGCAGUAUGGAAACCAGUUGGAAAAUUCAAUGAUGUUCAACAUAGCCCACAAUAUGCUUCCGACUUUUAUGCCACCUGGUAUGGGAAUGUAUCCGAGCCAAAUGAACUCGUUCCCGACGCCAAAAGACGACAGCAGACGUGGUCGCAAUCAUCCUUACAACCGCGAUCGUCAACCUGACCGCGAUCGUCAGCCAGACCGCGAUCGUCAAUCAGACCGCGACCGGCAAUCCGACCGCUCGCACCGAAAUCAUCACCAGCAUCAGCACCACAAAAAUGACCACAGGAACCAGCGGUCGCAUUAUCACAGUCGCGCUCGUAACACCCGUUAA